AUCUCGAAUGCAAUCCAGAAAAUAAUCGACAACUUCCGCAUUGUUCCGAAUUGCACGAUUGAUUUUCCAGGAAUCUGUUCCUAUUGGUCGUCGUCAAUUUUUGAAUCUACGCGAAGGAAAGAAACGUGAUCGUUAGAAGAGUAAAACAAAAUAUUUUCAUCACGUGAUUGUGUCAUCAUCGGAAUCAUUUGCUGCACUGUAAUAUGCAAUUGCAGAAUUCGAAGAAGAAGAACGAACGAGGUGAUGAAGAGGAAGUUGAGAAAGAGGCGAGACCGAAAUGUAGCCCAUUCUAUUCGGCUCUUUCCGAAGCUAAAGAUGUGGAAUCGACGAUAUUAUUGUUGCAAUCUGAGGAAGAAGCCACUUUAUUAGCAGCUGUGGAGGCUUUGUCAAAGUAUGCCAGUAAAUCGAAGGAUAAUGUAAGGAUACUUUUCGAUCUCGGCGUCGUGAAUAAUGUUCUUCCUAUUAUUAAGCACAAAGAUUUAUUUAUUCGAAGAUUUGCUGCAAAAUUAUUGGUAGAAAUGACAGCAAUUCCAGAUUUGACAAUUUUUUUCAUUGAGUCUAAUUAUUUAUUGUACUUUGUGAAGCUAUUAAUAAGUGAAAAAGAUAUCUUUAUGCAAGAAUAUUUUUCUGCGAUACUUGCAAGACUGUCCAGAAAUCCAUAUGUUGCUGCUCUUCUGGCAAAUCAUUGUUUAAACAUGAACUUUCUUUUCGAUGAGAUGCAAUCAUCAGACCCAGAUAUAAAGAAGAAUAAUUUAGAGAUUCUGUAUAAUUUAAUGCAGGAUCUUGUAGCUGCAUAUAAAAUUUCAAAAACUGAGAAAUUUAAUUUCUCUUUGUUGUAUCAACACUAUGAAUCAUCGUAUCCAGAGAUUCAAUGUCUUGCACUAAAUGUAGUUGCUAGUAUAAUUGAGAGAAGUAAAGAUGAAGAUAUACAAUUUUUAUUUUAUGAAACAAAUGGAGUUGAAGCGUUAUUAAAUUUUCUGAAAAACAGUGAAUGGAAUAAUUUACAUAUUAAAGCACUGAAAAUAUUAUAUUUUGCUGCUGAAAAUCCAGUUAUUGUGGAUAAACUUAUCGAAAUUGAAAGUAUUCCAGAAAUAUUAAAUUAUAUAGAACAUGUAACAACUCAGAAUCUUUUUAUAGAAGCAUUUAAAGUUAUUGUACAGAUUGCAAACACUUUGAAUGGAAGAAAAGUUUUAUUUUCAUAUGAGAUUGUUGAACAUUUAAUAGACGCAUUACAACGAUGGACGCAAUCUGAUAUUAUUGAAAUUGUUUGUUAUGGAAUUGGAAAAAUGGCACUUUUUAGUCCUGCUACAAAGGAAUUUGCAAGCAAGGAAUCUGUUAAAAUUAUUUUAGAUUUAUUGAAAAAAGAGAAUUUACAGUGGUCUGCAAAACAUGCUGCAAUUUUUGCGCUCAAACAAUUGUUGAUAAGUGACAUUAGAAAUUGCGAUAUCUUUUUAGAAAUUCAUGGACAAGAUUAUCUAUUGCAAUUGAUAAAACAAUUUGUAAAACAAGUUCCUGUAGAAACUUGUAUUAUUUCUCUUGAAGCUUUGCUUGCCAUAACAUAUCGUCCAAAGCUUAGAGAUAUCUUGAUUAAUCUUGACAUUUUUGACACAAUUUGCUUACUUUUAGAGUCAGUUUACCCAUUUCUUGACGAAUUAAAAAUCUCUUGUUGCAAUCUACUUUCUAUGCUAUGCUUAGAAAAUAGUGGACGACAUUAUUUCAUAAAAGCAAAUGGACCUCAAAGAAUGUAUCCUCUCAUUACUGAUACACAUUCAAUCUCAGUAAGAAACUCUGCGAUACAGUUCAUACAAACAAUUUCGACAGAUUUAACUGUAGCAAAUGCGUUUGUAGAAAACAAGUACCUUUCAUACAUGUUAAGUAAUUCCUCAUCGAGAAUAAUUCCUUCGUGGGAUACUUGCAUAGAGACGCUCUUUAAAUCGCAUUUGCCAAUCAAAUUUGCUCUUACAGGACGUCUAUCUCUACAAGAUCUUACUCAGAAUGGAUUUUAUGUUUUACGAAGGAACAUAUGUCCAUUUCCAAUAUUGGAUGAUAUCUUUCGAUUUAAAUAUUGUCCAUUGGAGCCUAUUUAUGUAGUGAAUUGCAUACAAUCAUCAACUCUACCGAAUGCUUUAGAGGCAGUUUUCGAAGAAAAUAUAAAUACAUUGCUCGAAUCAAAAUUCGGACGAUUACAAUGCGAUCCAUAUUUUACUGAAUAUGUGGAACUCUUUAAACGUAUGAUUUUAGCAAAGGAAUCAAAAAGAGAUGUAGAUGCGUCAGAUAUAGAUCAAAAAUUGACGAAUAUCCGGUACGUUCUAUUGCGUGCAAAAAUGUUAGCUCGGUUUGUGGCGCGUCAAAUGUCCGGUUUUGAUUCGACAAGUAGAUGCAUCGAUCACCAGCUUGAGGUUCACUUGAGGGAGAUCAAAGAAUGCUUAGAAACGAGCGUUAUCCCGAUCGGGCAACUUCGCGUAGGCUCUUAUCUCGAACGAGCUUUGCUCUUCAAGGCGAUAGCGGAUAGAAUAUGCCUUCCAGCGGCUCUCGUACGCGGAAAAUAUGGUAUAUCGUGGAUCGAAAUAGCAAUACCCCAAAUAGAAGAUUCGAAUGAAAGAAAAUCAUUUAGAGCUUAUUUAGACGAAAAGGAUGCAUGUCGUGAAGAAGUAGUUACAUCUGUUUCUUUCAGAUUGUUAGAUAAAUCAAAUGCCUCCGCAUAUCAUAACGAACAUAAGAUUGAAAAAAUAUCUUCUCAACAAAAUUAUCCAAGCAAACUUAUAAAACCGAAUUUUAUCGUUGACUUGAUGGAUACACCGGGAGAUUUGAUACCGAUCGGGAGCCUUCGUUCGAAAUUAUAUUGCACUAAAAAGAUUACUUAUAAUAAAAUAUGUUGAAAAUUA